GUUGGCAGCCCGACGGCAACAGCUGAUUCGCUUUAUGAAUGCGGAAAAUUUGUCUGUGUGUUUAUGAAUAUUAUGCCGAUCAAUGGAACGAGGAAUAGUUAUACUCGAUAAAUUGGCCCGCAGCGCUUUGCGGUCGCAGAGAAUACCGCAAAUCAACCGCCCGUUGGCCCCUGAGAUUCAUUUCAAGCGCCAGCACAGCAGAUCUGGGUCAGAUUGCAAGGAAAUCUGGGAAAUGCUGAGCCAACUGCCUCUGUUCGCUGGGGGCGAGAUUGUCCGGGGCUUCGGACGCGGCUCCAAAGAGCUGGGCAUCCCAACAGCUAACUUUCCGCUGGAGGUGGUGAAAUCGCUGCCGGAAUCCCUGCCCACUGGCGCGUACUACGGCUGGGCGAACGUGGAUAAUGGACCCGUGCACAAGAUGGUCCUCAGCGUCGGCUGGAAUCCCUUCUACAACAACAAGGAGAAGAGCGUGGAGACGCACAUGCUGCACGACUUCAACUGUGACCUUUACGGCCAGACACUCAAAAUAUGCAUUGUGGGCUACCUGCGACCGGAACGCAGUUUCGACUCCCUGGAAUCACUGAUUGCCGCCAUCCGCGGGGACAUCGAGCAGGCCAAAGCGUUCCUCGACGAGGCGGACAAGGCCAAGCUGAAGGAGGCUCCGUACUUUACGGAGAAGCUCUGCUCGUCAAAAUAGCGAUGGCGUAGGUCAGUCUGGAAAAGGAGGCUUCGCUGGAGGACACACUACUAAUCUUCGCACGGCUUGUGCUUCGAAAUAGUUAUUCCAUCAGUUAUCUUAUCUCUGAAUUUGCGCGAUUUACAAAGCGGAAUUCGAAAAUCGAAUCAAGUACUUAAGCUAACCGUUUUCAUUAAAUUCCUACUGCUCAUAAUGACACCAACAAAAUGAACCAAUCGCAUUUCGGUUUGAUACUUAUCAAAUGUAUAAACGAAACUGUUUUUGUAAAAA